AUGUAAAGGAAUGUGUAUGAGUUUAUAGAGUGACAGAAAGAAUUUUCUUGUAAUAUAUAUUUAUUUAAAAUUUCUUAGAAAACUACAUAUCACUAGGAAAAAUGUCAUUGAACUGAAAAAUUAGUGAUUAAAAUAUUGCUUGAGGCUUAAAAUAAGUAAUAUCGAAUAAAUAGAUAAUUCUAUCAGUUACAUUUCAUCACGACCUUUGUAAUUUAAAUUAAAGCUUCUAUAAACUGUUAUGACGAUUCAACAAUUGAGUCAUGCUAUUUUGUGACGUUUAUUAAUUUUUUUUUUGUUGUUCUAUUUCGUUGAUCAAAUUUUAAUUAUCAUCAUUUCGUAAAUCAUUGUGUCAAUAAUAAUGGAUCAAGACGUAUUAACAACACUUAAGAUUCUAAUGAUUGGCGAAUCUAACGUGGGAAAGUCAAGCACCCUGUUGAGGUUUACGGAAGAUGAGUUCAAUGAAAAUAUGCAAAGCACCGUGGGAAUGGAUUAUAAAACAAAACAAAUAACAAUUGAUGGCAAUACAGUUAAACUCGCCAUUUGGGAUACUGCUGGUCAAGAGAGAUUCAGAACAUUAACUCCAAGUUAUUAUAGAGAUGGUCAAGGUGCAAUUUUAAUGUAUGAUGUUACUGAUAAAAACACGUUUAUAAAGUUGGAAACGUGGCUAGAUGAGUUAAAUACGUACUGCAAUAAAUUAGAUAUAGUAAAGAUGGUAGUUGGAAAUAAGAUAGAUUUGCCCAAUCGAGAAGUAACUACAGAAGAAGGAUUAAGUUUUGCUAGGAGACAUCAAACACUUUAUAUUGAGAGUAGUGCAAAAACAGCUGAUGGUGUUAAAUGUUGUUUUGAGGAACUCGUUCAAAAGAUAAUUCAAACACCGGGCCUAUGGGAGCAUAAUCAUUCCAGCCGAAUGCCCAACAUUGGUGGAAGUGGACCACGUCAACGGUUAGGCAAACGAGGAAUGUUAUUGACUGAUGAUUAUCAACAACAAGACGCUUAUUCUAGUUGUUACUGCAGCUUAUUCUAACCAAUAAUAUAUAAAAAAAUUUAUAUUUCUACACAAAUUAAGUGAGUUAUUAUACAAUUCAAACAUGAUAAAAUGGUAAUAAUGUCAUAUUUAAUAUUUAUUUGUAAAUAAAAAGAGAUCUUUCA